GUGCCGUUUCUCUGGCGGGAGUAGAGUCGGGCCUUUGGUCAAUAAAAGGGGGGAACAAACUCGUCUGCAGCGGCCUCCUUUACGCCUCCAAAGCUGAAGUGAUCCCUGCUACAGUUUUAUUUAUUGAGCCAAAAAUCAGACCCAGACCCACGGGGGACCCGGUGAAGCUCUACCAGGUCACUUACAACACUACGUCGGGAGUGACGGGGGAUGCGUACGACAUCGUGGUGAUCGCUGCUCCGCUGAGCCGCAAACUGGCCAACAUCACCUUCAGGAAUUUCGACCCUCCCAUCCCGGAUUUCCCAAAUCCUUACCACCAGACUGUCACGACGUUGGUGCACGGACGCUUAAACGCUUCCUUCUUCGGUUACCGGGAUCCAUCCGCCUUUCGUUUCGGUGCCAUUUUCACCACGGACAACCCCAAACUCUUCGUCAACAGCGUGGGGGUGGUGUCUCCGGUGGAAGACGGCGGCGGCGAAGGAACGCCGCCCUGGCAGUCGGCCGUCUGGAAGGUGUUUUCCCAGGAAGCGCUCACCAAGGAGCAGCUGAACUUGCUUUUCUCCUCCUACGACUCCGUCAAAGUGAAGAAGUGGUUGGCGUAUCCCCACUACAGCCCGCCGGAAAAAUGCCCUCCCGUCAUCCUCCACGACAACAUCUACUACCUGAACGGCAUCGAGCGGGCCGCCAGCGCCAUGGAGAUGAGCGCCAUCGCCGCCAAAAACGCCGCCCUGCUCGCUUACCACCGGUGGUACGGCAACGCCGACAGGAUCGACCAGGAAGAUUUGCACGAGAAGCUGAAAACGGAGCUCUGA